AACACAACACAUGAACGAAAGAAACGACGACGCAAGGUUGGCAGUCGAGUGUUUUUACUGGAUAUUGUUCAGGUUUCAAGCGGAGGAUUUACUCAAAUAUAUGUGUAGAAGAUUAAGUAACAUAGUAGGGCCAUUUAGCUAUAUGAUCGAUUGUUAAGAGCAAAAAAAUGUCGCUUUACGAUGGCUUAGGUGUUGAUCUAGGUCCGAAGAAGGAAAAAACCCAUGAUGGGAAGAAGUCUGAUGUCUCGGGAUGGUCAGCUGGGAUUCGGAUGAUGCAAUCCCAGCUGAGGUUAAAGAAGGCUGCAUUGACUGAAACUCAGAGGAAAAUACGGUCAGCUACAUUGGCACCGGUCGUAGAUCUUAAAGGGCAGAGCAUCGGGUUAGUAGAGGAAGGCAUGGCAGUAUCACCCCCUGUUGCUCCAUCAUUUACCCCUUCAAAGCAUUCUCAGCCAAUAUUUACAGGUGAUAGAAUAGAUGUUAUGGGAAGUGAUAUUGGAAAUGAGUACGACCCUGCAUAUCCAAAUGAAUAUGAGAAAGUAGUUAAAAAAAUGCGAGAAAAACGUCAAAAAGAACGACAGCUGGAAAGAGAAAAGGACAUUGAAGAAAGGAGAAAACGGAGGGAACGGGAGAGAGAACGUGAUCGUGAUCGGAAUAGAGACCGAGAAAAGCGUGACCGUUCACCUCAAGGAUUCUCCAGAAGACCAGCAGACAGCGAUGAAGAGGAAGAUGAUGAGCGUGACAAACAAAAAAGGAGAAGUGCUGGGGCCUGUGCUAUGAUUGCUCCACCAUCGAGCUUGAUCAAUGAAGAUGCACAACCUACAGAGGAAGAGUUAAAAGCACCAAUGUUACCACCACCACCAUCGUCAACACGGCCAAAAAACUUUGGUGACAUCAUUAAGAAAAAUAAAUCAAACCAGGAGGAGUUGCAUCCUGAAAGGUCGACAACACCACCUCCAGGCAGUGAAUUUGAGGAUCUAGAUCUUCUUCCAAAUGCCUCCAAGAUACAAAACUUCCAGCCUCCAGUUGGUUUAGGAGCUGCAUCUGUUGCUGCUAAAAUUAUGGCUAAGUAUGGAUUUAAAGAAGGUAGAGGUUUAGGCAAGUCUGAGCAAGGAAUAAGUACAGCAUUGUCAGUGGAGAAAACAAGUAAAAGAGGAGGCAAGAUCAUUGAUGCCUCAAAGUCAGAGCCUUUGCCUCAAUUUCCGUUACCAAAUAUUCCUAGGCAACAAACUACAAACAUGCCAUCUUUGUUAAAAAAUCCUACAAAAGUUGUGUUGCUCAUGAACAUGGUUGGACCAGGGGAAGUUGACGAAGAUCUUGAACCCGAGACGGCUGAGGAAUGUUCAAAGUACGGACCAGUUACCAAGGUGGUAAUUUACGAGGAACCAGACAAGGUAGAAGAAGAGGCUGUGAGAAUAUUUGUUGAAUUUGCUAGAAUGGAAUCAGCCAUCAAAGCUGUUGUAGACUUAAAUGGAAGAUAUUUUGGUGGUAGAGUUGUAAAAGCAUCUUUCUAUUCUGUGGAGAAAUACAAAGGUUACCAGUUAAAUGAAUGACCAGUGUUAGCAUACUGUACAGACUAAGGGAACAUGGAUACUAUUACGGAGGACCCUUGCCAGGCUAAAGCCGGGCACACACUCUGCACGAUGGUCAUCGGUCGACGCGACUACAUUGAGAAUGCAAUGACACAAUGCAGACGCAACAGAUCAUUUUUAAUGACGAUCCAUUCAGACUGCCACCAACAAUCAGCAGAUCGUGUCCCUUCUAAAGUUCACAGGAAGUAAGUUGGAUUCGUUAGCCGACGGUCGUACAGUGAGUGCCCAUCUUUACAGGACAUUGAAGGCUUGACUGAAUGCCAGUGUACUUGAUAAGGAAUAUUUGAAAGCUAAGCUGAAUGACUCAUUCUAACAUAGGGCUCGUUCAUACUUACAAUUUAGGCGAUGAAGAUUACUGCUAAUCCACUUAAAUAUGUUCCCCGAAUCGUGAUUUGUUGAAAAGACCUUAAAAAAUCCAACACACCAAACUUAGCGAUUAAACAGCAUCUGUAGGCAUCCAUCAGCACAAUAAAUCUUCUUCAGCGCAUCAAAUCUGUGUUAAUUACGCGAUAAAUUUGACAAGUAUGAACGCCUAGAAAAUCUACGCCUAAAACAUGAAAAAACAGAGUAUGAACACAGCCAUAGAGGCUAUAGAAACAUUUAUAGCUUGAUCAAAGAACUCGUAUGAGCAUUUAGACUUAAAACUAUCAAUAGCUUCAUUGAAUAAACCUAAGCCAGUGUACAGAUUCAAUGAAGCCCUCAUGCUAAUAAGACUUUUUUGCAAGAUGUUAUCUCAUCAUCCCAGGCCGUUGAGUAUAUCAUCUAACUGUUGAUUUGCAUUGUCCAAUCAAUGGAACAAAUUGCAAUUGGAUUUAGUAGUGAUUUUUUUUUUUUUUUUUUGGAAAGUAUGUUACAACCAUUUGCAAUAAUUAUUAGUAGCGAUAAUCAGAAAUAUUGUGGGUUUUUCACACAGGCUUCAGCAGAGCAUUGGUAUAUAACCAUUAUAGAUCUCUGUGUGGAUCUGUAUUCUAUAGAUACAGUAAUGUAUUUUACUUCUAAUCAACUACUAAUUUUAUAAUAAAAUUUGUAUUUGAAAAUUGGCAUAACAAUCCCAGAAAGGCAAACAUGAGGUAUUAACCAAUUGUUAAGUUUUGAGGCCCUGUUGAAAAGUAGAAGCCUUAAAAGCCAUUAUUUUCUUUCAAAAAUUUCCUUAGGGCCCAAGGUCUCUAUAUAGCCUGCUACCUUCGCAUGGCUUGCCUUAUUCUUUACGGUGUAAUUAAGCAGGGUUGUUUGAUCUUUCUGCACAUCAGCCGCAAAUAAGACCAGUCAUUAUAGCAAAUUAGUGACUGCUCUGAUGAUAUAGGAAAAUUAAUGUGGAAGGUAGAGUAAAAUGGUGACAUUGAGAUUCAAUAAUUUUUAUAUAGUAGGAUCAUGACUAUUAUGCCUAAUUAAUAUUGUUUGCAAACUGGAUGCUAAUGCUGUGUUGAACAAAAUAUAAAAUUGUAUUUUACCUACCUCUUGGUGUUAGUGGUUUAAAAUUAAUAUUGAUAAACCUAAUAGCAGAAUGAGAUUGUUUUACUGUCAAUUCUCUAAUAAAAACAAAGCAAUGGAAAAUGA